AUGCGUUGCAGCGUUAUGAUGGAGGAAGCCAUCGCGCCCGAAGCGAAGCUGCCCACCUUGAAGGUGGGACACGACUUCUGGUACCAGCAGUAUGACACGAACGCCGUCGCCGAGGGCUGGCGCGGCUCCGCGAUGCGUCACUGGGUGGACCGGGCAGGGGUGGACCGGUCUGCGGACGCUUUGGAGGCGGAGUUGCGAGCAACCCGCAUUGGGCGUCGCAGCGUGACGGAAGGGCGCCGCCUUGCCAUGCGCCGCCAGCGCGAAGCGCGUCAGGUCGCACUCGAGGCCCGUCGGCCGACGCCGCCCGAGCCACAUGUCCAGCAGCUGGCCAGCCUCUUCUUUGACUCCAACGCUCUGGGCGAAAGGUUUGAAGCCGGCCAUGGACUGGCUCGACGCACGGAGGCCGCCGAGGCGUUGGAAGGGGAACUCCAGUCCAUGGAGGUCGGCAAGAUGAAGGGCAACCAGGGUCGUCGCCUGGAGAUGGCCAGGAAGCGCAGGGACGCGUAG